GGCUCCGGGGACGGGCCGGGGCGGGGCGCCGCGGCAGGAAGCGGGGCGGAGACUCGCGGAGGCAUUGGGAGCGAGGGAGGGCGCGGCCAACUCCCGAAGGGACGGCCGGCGGCGAGCGCGGCUUCCCGGCCUGGCGCCGAGCCUGAGCCCGCUGGACCGACGCGGCCCCGCCGCGGGCUCGGUCCCGCUCCAGCCCCGCCAGCAUGGCCGGCCGGACUGUACGGGCCGAGACCCGGAGCCGGGCCAAGGAUGACAUCAAGAAGGUGAUGGCGACCAUCGAGAAGGUCCGGAGAUGGGAGAAGCGCUGGGUAACUGUGGGCGACACUUCACUUCGUAUCUUCAAGUGGGUACCAGUGGUGGAUCCCCAAGAAGAGGAACGGCGGAGGGCAGGUGGAGGGACAGACAGAUCUCGUGGCCGGGAGAGGCGGGGCAGGGGCGCCAGUCCAAGAGGGGGUGGCCCUCUUAUUCUGCUGGACCUCAACGAUGAGAACAGCAACCAGAGUUUCCAUUCAGAAGGUUCCCUGCAAAAAGGCACAGAGCCAAGUCCUGGGGGCACUCCCCAGCCCAGCCGCCCUGUGUCACCUGCUGGACCCCCAGAAAGGGUCACCACAGAGGAGGCCCAGCCCCCACAGCUGGGUCAAGAGAGAGACCCUGGGGGCACACCUACAGGCAGCACUGAUGACCCCCCCAUGCUCACCAAGGAGGAGCCUGUUCCAGAAUUGCUGGAAGCAGAGGCCCCCGAAGCUUACCCAGUCUUUGAGCCAGUGCCACCUGUCCCCGAGGCAGCCCAGGGUGACACAGAGGACUCGGAGGGCGCCCCCCCACUCAAGCGCAUCUGCCCAAAUGCCCCUGACCCCUGAGAAGCCAGCCUGCUUGUCCUGAAGCCCAAAGUGCCCCUUUGGCUUUUUACAAAUAAAGACCCUUUUGUAA